AAAAAAAAACUUGGCUGAAGUUACGAGCACCGCCGUGGUUGGAGGAAAGUUUGCCAGUGGAGAGUUCCUCCGUUUGGGUGUAGCUGUAGAAAACUUCAGGUUGUCAACAGGUUCGCGCUCGGGCUCAAAGUACAGGAACGUCAUUGCGGAGCUCAUUAUCGACAGGCUGGGAGAGUCCGACAACUAAAAUAUGGGCCUCACACACUGACAGGCCCUGUUUAUUCACUGAAACAGUGUGAGACAGGCUGGCCUGGAUCCAUUAAUCGUUUACCUGGAAACCAACACAGGCCACAUGUCCCCUCUCAGCGACGAACUGAGGGCAGGGUGUUUGUCUUGAGAGGGAGGCAGAGUUACCGUGGUAACAGACAUGCCAAAACCGGACCUGCUCUGCCUAGUUCAGCUGCUGGACGGCACUAUCGAGACCUUCAGAGUCAGUAAGCAGGAUGAAGGUGUGGUUCUGUUGGACCAAGUAUGCAACCACCUGGGCCUGCAGGAGAGGCAGCUCUUCAGUCUGCAGAUCAGAGAAUCCAGCACAGCCAUUGCCUCGAUCACAGCCAACACACACUCUCCUAGAUGGUUGGAGCCUGAGAAACCCUUGAAGAAGCAGAUAAAAGGUCUUGCCUCUCCCUUUUACCUUAACUUCAGAGUGCGAUUCUUCAUCUCUGAUCCCAACUCUCUGCAGCAUGAGCAGACAAGACACCUGUACUUCCUCCAGAUCAGGAGUGACAUUAGAGAAGGACGGUUGCAGUGCCCGCUGAGUGCAGCUGUGGUGCUGGCAUCUUAUGCUGUGCAGUCGGAGCUGGGGGAUCACUGUCCGUCCAGACUCCCUGGUUACGUCUCAAAGUACCACUUCAUUCCGGAGCAGGAUGAAGACUUCCUGUCUAAAGUGGAAGAUCUGCACCCACAACAUAAGGGGCUGAAGCAGAGCGAAGCAGAGCUGUGUUACCUCAACACGGCACGGACGCUUGAAUUGUAUGGAGUGGAGCUGCACGCUGCCCUGGACACCAACAGCACACCUCUGAUGGUGGGUUUGGCCUCGAGUGGUGUUGCAAUAUUCUGUAAUAUGAUUUGCUCCAGUUUCUUCCCCUGGGGGAACAUAAUCAAGAUUUCAUUCAAGAGGAAACGCUUUCUCAUACAUCUAAAACGUAAACAUGGGGAGACCCAGGACUGUGAGAUCUCUCUGGUUCUGCCCUGUCCCAAGACCUGUAAGAACCUGUGGAGGUCCUGUGUGGACCAUCACUCCUUCUUCAGCUCCAACCGGACUGCCCGCAGCCCCAAACACAACAACACUACAGUUCAGUCCUACAGAAAGCUGAUAACACAACACCUGGGCCUUGGCAGCAGUAAAAAUCAGAGUGGUCCAGUGUGCCAGCGUGUGGUGGGAGGGAUGGUGUGGAACCCUGCGCUGCGGAGGUCAAUUUCAUCUGAGUAUCUCGAGACCAAGAGUCUGCCCUCUCGAUCGCCCCCAACCACCCCAAACUGGCGAAGUCCUCGUGUUCGCCACGGCAUCCGAAAACCUCGCCCGUCCUCAGUCGAAUUGACUAGUGACCUGAAAGACAUGUCAGAAGGAGAGGACGUCUUCUACACAUACAGGGCGUCUGUGAGCAGCAGCAAGGACAGCGAGGGGGAGGCUUCACUGCAUCGCCUUUCUGGCACUUAUAACCAUGUGACAGAUGAGGUUCUGUUGCAAACUGAUGACAGUAUCGGAGAGGACGGUGACCACAGCUUACAUGACUACAAUAAGGGUGCUCUCGGCGACGGUGACUUGAUGCUUAUAUGCAUUGCCCCCGAUCACGACGGCAAAUUUGGCUUCAACGUCAAAGGUGGAGUGGAUCAGAAGAUGCCUCUAGCCAUAUCCCACGUUAAACCCGACUCCCCGGCAGGUCGAUGUGAGCCCAGACUGAUGGAGGGAGACCUGGUGGUGCUCAUCAACGGUCGAGACAUUUCUGAACACACACAUGACCAGGUCGUCAUGUUCAUACGAGCCAGCAGGGAGUCGCACUCCAGAGAGCUGGCCUUGCUUAUCAGACGUAAAGGUCCUGGCCGCGUGGCACCCCUGCUGCAGCUGCCUCCCGCCCUCAUGCUCACCGACCAAUCACAGGGAGACAAGCCGCAGUCAUCGGGCCAUUCGGAGCGGGUCACGACACUGGAGGAAUCAAUGAGACAGCUGGAGAGAGGAAUACAGUCCGGCACACUCUGUUUCCAUUUUGAGAAUUUGUACAAGAGGAAGCCGGGUCUGGUUCUAAGCUGCGCUCGGCUCUCCGAGAACACGGACAAGAAUCGAUAUAGGGAUGUUUUACCUUAUGAUUCUACCAGGGUGGUGCUCCAGGGAAAGGAGGACUACAUCAACGCCAGCCACAUCAAGGUGGCGCCCCCAGUGUCUGGUACAUGUUUACGUUACAUUGCUGCACAGGGUCCAUUGCCACAGACCUGCACUCACUUUUGGCAGACUGUUUGGGAACAACAGAUACACACCAUCAUCAUGCUAACAACUCUGACAGAGCGGGGACGGACCAAGUGCCACCAGUACUGGCCGCACCCACCGGAAGCGAAGGAUUACGGGCACAUGCGGGUGAAGUGUCACUCCGAGGAGUGUAACCUGGUCUACGUGACGCGACAGUUCACCCUGACACACCGAGAGCUGGGUGAAGAACGUGCAGUCACACACCUGCAGUACGUUGCAUGGCCGGACCAUGGUGUACCCGAUGACCCUUCGGACUUCCUCGUGUUCACCAACUCGGUCAGGGACAGGAGGAGAGGUGACGAACCACUAAUGGUACACUGCAGUGCUGGGAUUGGACGGACAGGUGUUCUGAUCACCAUGGAAACGGCGCUGACGCUGUUGGACGCGGGUCGGCCGGUGUUCCCACUGGACAUUGUCAAAACACUGAGAGAUCAGCGAGCCAUGAUGAUCCAGACCACGUGUCAGUUCCAGUUUGUGUGUGAGGCCGUUCUGCGGGUCUACAAAGAGAGACAAGGCGGAUCUACGACCCCGUAGCCCGAAUCAGCAACAGGACCAGAGCAGACACACUUACUGUUUCAGCUUCAUCUCAUUGCAGCCAAUUUCCACCUGAGGGAAUUACAGCGCAGUAACGGAUUAAUCUGUCAACGCCUAAGGGGCUGCUACACAGGCUGGACAUUGAGAGUAUAGCUUCAGAGCACAGCUGUUUGUGACCUACCACCUAGUCGGCCUUAGUUUUAAAUGAUAGUGCGUUAAGCUAAACUAUGGAGCACUUAUAGAGGCUGUAGUCUCCAUAGAGACUGAUUGUAGACGUGAGCUGCUAAUUUCUGUCCAAGAGGCCACUCAGGAAUGUUGCCUCUAAUUGUAAAACUAUGUGUGCCUUAGACUGACGCCUUCCAGUCAAUGGAUCGCACAGGGCAGGAGAGGCCGACCGGGAUCAAUAUAAUCUGUAGUUUAUCUGUGUUUCCAAAGACAAAGUGCGAGGCAGGCUUUAGAGCGCUACAGCAUAUACCGUAAGGUCAUGGAGCAUCAAGCCCACUGUUCAACACUCUUAAAUUAUUAAGACACUAAAUAAACACACUGAUUUAUA